CAGGGAGGCUGGGCUCAUCGGUCUGAAGUCUCCUCUUGUGUGUCUGAGCUUGAGGCAGAAAGUGAGGAGAGGGCUUUUCAGGGGACUCCAGAGGAGGUGGAUGCCAUUUGUGGAGAUGGAAUGGGGAGUCGCCACCCCAUAAGAGCUGGGGUUUUGCUUUGAAGAGUGGAAGAGGUUAUCAGAGAAGGAAAGAAACCAAAAGUGCUGAAGUCAUGGGAGCCGAAGAGGAGGUGCUGGUCACGCUGUCUGGAGGGGCCCCCUGGGGCUUCAGGCUGCAGGGGGGCUCUGAGCAGAAAAGACCUCUUCAGGUGUCAAAGAUCCGCAAGAGAAGCAAAGCCUGCCGAGGGGGCCUGUGGGAAAACGACGAGCUGGUGUCCAUCAAUGGGGAGCUAUGCACUGGCCUUUCCCACGCCAGCGCCAUGCACAUCAUCGACUCCUCCAGCGACACGCUCCACAUUUGUGUGAAAAGGAUGGCUGGCAGAGACCGGUCUGGCAUGCGGCCCCUGCACUCGCUUUCCCCUGGGCAGCCUCGAGUACUCUCCGCACCCUCCCCAGUCAGCCCAGAGCCAGCUGGUCCCCCAACCAUCACCCCACCUGAGCCACAGCGCAGGCGGCAGCAGCAGCUGGGGAGCCUGACCUCGCCCCCCGACAGUGAGGCAUACUACGGUGAGACGGACAGUGACGCUGACAACAUUGCCCAGGAGAAGCACCGGCGGGCCCGCAAGAAGAGCCCUCGCUCUCCACCUGGAGGCUCCAACAACAAGCCAGGCGAGCCACAGGAUGAAGUGUCUCUGUCUGAGUUGAGUGGCUAUGACAGCACCCCAGAGGCAGUGGUGCAGGCCGGAGAGGGAGGAGAGAACAUGAGUGGUGUGGCCGAGAGAGAGAUUGUGAAGCAGCCCAGCAGCCUCACGGACACCCCUUUCUCAGAGAGUGAGGUGCUGCUGCAGCCGUCCCCAGCAGAGAGCAGAGAGCUCUCCCCGGAGGCCAUGCUCCUGCCCCAUGCCACCAGGACCAUCCGAGCGGAGCGCCACCUCAUCCCCAUGGUGGGGCCAGUAGAACACCCAGUCGAUGAAGAUUUAACCACCACCUAUGCAGAGAAAGCCAAACUAGCUAAGCUGCACCGCAGUGAGAGCACACAGGAGAAGAAUGUGAAAGAAGCCAAAACCAAAUGUAGGACAAUUGCGUCCCUACUGACGGAUGCACCGAACCCCCACUCCAAGGGCGUGCUGAUGUUCAAGAAGCGCAGGCAGAGAGCUAAGAAGUACACUCUGGUCAGCUUUGGGAGCGUCGAUGAGGACCGCUGUUAUGAGGAGGAGGAUGGUGUCUUCCCAACCAGUGAGUCAGAAUUUGAUGAGGAAGGCUUCUCAGAUGCCCGAAGCUUAACCAACCACUCAGACUGGGACAACACUUACCUGGACAUUGAAAAGCCCAAGCUGGAGUCUGAGCAGCAGCAGGGGCGGACGCAGCAGGGUCUGAGUGAAGCCUCCGGCAGAGGAGCACGGUUAUUUGAGCAGCAGAGGGAGAGGGCUUGUCAGUAUAUGGUGGAGAAAGCCCCAGCUCAGAAGCCAGAGAGCCAUCAGCCAUCGCCAGGUGUCGUGCCAACGCAGAGUCUGAUGAAUGGAGAAGUGCCUACUCCACAGAAGGCCAGCACGGCCCCACUGAGUAUCCAUGUGGAAGCAGUGCAGUUAUCCAGCAAGCUGCCGUCAUCUACCUCUGCUCAGGUCCAGUCUCCACUGGGCAGCAUUGGAGGAGGUGCUCGGCCAUCACCAGGCACAGAGGGCCUCUUCAACAGAUCCGCACGGCCCUUCACUCCUGGCUUUUCAGGGCAGCGUCCUGUGACUUCCUCUGUCAUCUUCAGGCCUUUGGCUCCCAAGAGAAGUGGUGGCAGUCUGGGAGGGCAGAGCACCGCUGCUCCACCUUUCUCACCAGGAACUCCUGUGCCACCUUCCACUGCACCAGUGAUGGCACACAAUGGUCCAGCAAGCUCCUCAACAUCUCUGUAUAUUCCAGCACCAGGCAGGCCAACACCACCAGGGAUACCACAGCUAGCCACAGGCAGAAGUUCUCCUGAGACUAAGACACUCACAAACCCAGCCAUGACCUCCACAGCUUCCAUAGUUCUAACUGCUCCAGCAGGGGCUACAGCAACACCUCAACCACGAGGGACAUCUUCUUCCUCCUUGUAUAUCAGCCCAGCGCUGCAGCAACCCAGCGUGGUGAGCAGCUCUCUGCUACCAAGCCAGCCAUAUCCUGUUGUCUCCCCAGCUACUCCACGACCUGCUUCUGAGCCCUUAACAUCCAGGGAGCAGCGGAUUGCAGUGCCAGCCCCCCGAACUGGCAUCUUGCAAGAGGCUCGCCGGCGGAGCAGCAAGAAGCCCAUGUUCAAUACCAUAGAAGAGAAGAAGAAAAAUUCACCCAACCCUGAGCUUCUGUCUCUGGUGCAGAACCUGGAUGAGAAACCCAAAGGCGACCACCCAGGGGUGGGCUUUGAGUCUGGGCCUGAGGAGGACUUCCUCAGCCUAGGAGCUGAGGCCUGCAACUUCAUGCAGUCUUCAGGCCGCAAGUUCAAGGCCCCUCCCCCAGUGGCUCCUAAGCCUCAGCAGCAAGGUGCCUCUGCCGGACUAGUAAAUGGUGCCCGUGACAUGCCACAGCUGAAGGGCAAAGGGGCAGAGCUUUUCGCCAAGCGACAGAGCCGCAUGGACAAGUUUGUGGUGGAGGCAGCACCGAAGCCAGGCUCCAAGCCCAGGGCCCCCUCACCCACUCCUUCUCUACCAUCAUCAUGGAAGUAUUCAUCCAACAUUCGUGCCCCACCCCCAAUAGCUUACAACCCCUUGCAUUCCCCCUUCUACCCCCUGGCAGCAAGCAAGUCUCAGGCUAGCAAAGCAGAGAGCAAAGUAAAAAAGGCACCCAGCCAGAAAUCGGGGAUCAAGGCCAUUGAUUUCAUGCGCCACCAACCCUACCAGCUAAAGUCAGCCAUGUUCUGUUUUGGGGAGCCCCCAAGCACUGACACACAGAACCCUCCACCCCAGCCAGCCCAGCAGUCCAGCUUGUCUUUCACCCCAGCCAAGCAGGUGCCUGUGAAAACAGCCAGGACCUAUGAGAUCCGGCGGUUCUCCACACCUGCUCCCAUGCCCACUUUGAGCAGCCUGGCACCCACAGUCCUCACUCCCCGCUCCGCCACCACACUGGAUGAGCCAGUGUGGAAGACGGACAUGACUUCCUCUGCACCCUCCACCCCUGCCCCUUUUCAGGCCGGUCCCAGCCAGGCCCCAAAGCUGUACCAAAGCUCCCCAGAGCUCAGUCAGGUGGGCCAAGGGACUCCCCCACACCCAGCCUCCUCCUCCGGGUUCCAGGUAGCUAGACCCAGGUUCUCAGCAGCUAAAACUGGGAUGCAGGCACAUGUGUGGAGGCCAGGCUCUGGGCACCAGUGAACCAGUAGCUGUCUCCUCUACCCCUUCCCCCAUGGGCACGACUGGGUGUCCAACCAAGAUAGUUUCCUUGGGUUUUCUUUAAAGUGAGCUCAAUAAAUUGAGGUGUGUGAAGCAAGAGGCAGAAAGGAGGGGGGACUCCCUUCACGGUCCCCCAUCCCCCUUUGUUUUCAGCCUGGCAGCAUCAAUAUGAGCUUUCCCAGCUGUAGCUAGAGUCAGAGGACGCAGGAGGAAAGCAGAGACAGGGCGAUAGUCUCCAGCCUGCUUCUGCCCACAUCUACAUGGCAAUGAAACCCAAAAUGGGGGAAUGGGAGGGGCAGACUGUCAUGCUAAGGGGUGGGUAGCACUUUUCAUCUCCAAUGGGCUUUAGAAACAGGACUCUUUUAACCCUUUCAGUGCCCUAGUAAGGCAGUUGCCGUCCCAUCACUGCAGACAACAAGGCACGGUGUGCAGAAGGAUCCCACCCAGGCUCACAUGGGAAGUGAGUGGCGGAGACAUGAC